AUGGAGUGCAACAAGGAUGCGGCCCUUGUUGCAAAGGAGGCUGCGGAGAGGAAGUUUGAAACUAUGACUACCAUCUUCAACCAUGCUGCUUCCAUGGCAAGCAAAAGGAAGCGGAAUGUAGGAUCAGAAACAUCCGCAGUGCACCAUAACCUCCAUAUGCCGUUCCAAGAAAACGAGGCAUCAAUGCCGCAAACUGAGAAUGUUCAUGCAGUACAAGCUGAGAAUCAAGAUGCAAGCAGUGCUAGAAAGUUUGAACAUGUUAAUGUUGGGCACAAUGUGAAAGUGCAACCUCCUACCAAAAUUAGCCUGGCCAAGUCCAUUGAUAAGGAUGAAAUGAGGAAACUUUUGAUUAAAAGAGCGAAGAGCUGUUUGACCGAGAAGCUGAGGGAGAUUAGAAGUAACAAGAAUGGUUCUGGUAAUAACACAGAUGCUGAAAAAGAAGAUGAUCACCCAUCCACCUAUAUUGUUCCUGAUCCUCAUUUUCAUGAUUUUGAUAAGGAUCGUACCGAGGAAUCUUUCCAGAGUGGUCAAGUUUGGGCUUCAUAUGGUGAUAAAGAUGGCAUGCCUCACUGUUAUGUGCUCAUUAAGAAACGUCUGUCCUUAUCACCAUUUAAGCUCGGAAUAAAUUUUCUCCACGGCGCAAGGACGAGCAAUGAAUUUGGAUCUUUCAAUUGGGUUUCUUCUGAUUUAAGAAAGACAUGUGGUGAUUUCAGGAUUGGCAUGUAUGAAACCAGCACUGCACUGGACACAUUCUCUCACCAGAUUACAUGGGAUAAAGGUCCUCGUGGGAUAAUCAGCAUUUAUCCGCAGAAAGGCGACAUAUGGGCCGUGUACCGAAACUGGUCACCUGAUUGGAAUGGAAAUACUCCUGAUAAUGUGAUGCAACUCUAUGAUCUGGUUGAGGUUCUGGAUGAUUAUGAUGCUGAGCACGGCAUUUCUGUCGCCGCAUUGAUCAAGGUUGCUGGAUUCAGAACGGUUUUUCGACGCUGCCCGGAUGGGUAUGCCAUCAAGAGGAUUAUGAAAGAAGAGAUGCUUCGGUUUUCACACCAGGUUCCUUUUUACAGGAUGACAGGGGAAGAAGCUCCAGAUGUGCCCUUGGGUUGCUAUGAGGUAGAUCCAGCUGCUCUUUCUAAAGAGCUCCUUAGGAGAUGA